AUGUCGAAAGCUACGAUUGCGGCCAUCGCUGCCGCCAGUGCAGCUACUGGUGCUGGUAUCACCGCUCUCCUCUACUCCUCAUCCUCUCGACCUCAACAGCCGCAACAACAACAGCUCCCUCCUUCGCCUCCUCCGUCCCAACCGGCUACAAUCGCCCCUCCUGCGACCAUUCCUCCUCCCUCUCUGGCCAAAACUCCCGCCAGCAAACCCUCGGGCGGCUCCCCCGUUGAUCCCGCCGGUAUCUACCAGUACGGCUUCCCCGGCCCCAUCGCCGAUACCAUCACCUCCCUGCCCUUGACCGGCGCCUACGACCGUCGCACACGCAAUCCCGCCUGGGUCGCCGAGCACAUCACACCGUACUCGCUCUCCCUGAAAAACGCCGACCGGAAACACAGCGCCUUCGUCGAAGACGCCAGCAUCCCCGCCCUUUUCCGCGCCAAACUGGCCGACUACUUCCGCUCCGGCUACGACCGCGGCCACCAGGUGCCCGCCGCCGACGCCAAAUGGUCCCAGGACGCGAUGGAUGGCACCUUCGCGCUCACCAACAUGUGCCCUCAGGUCGGCGAGGGCUUCAACCGCGACUACUGGGCGCACUUUGAGGAGUUCUGCCGCGAUCUGACCAAGAAGUAUCCCUCCGUCCGCAUCGUCACGGGCCCCUUGUACCUGCCCCAUCGCGACCCGGACGGCAAGUGGCGCGUCUCGUACGAAGUGAUUGGGACCCCGCCCAACGUGGCUGUGCCGACGCACUUCUACAAGGUCAUCUACGCGGAGGACGGGACGGCCACCCCGGCCAGCAAGGUCUCGCUGGGUGCGUUUGUGCUUCCCAAUGCCCGGAUCCCCAACGACAAGCGUCUGGCUGAGUUUGAAGUGCCGCUGGAGGUGUUGGAGCGGGCGAGUGGUUUGGAGUUUGCUUCCAAGCUGGAUCCUAGCCGUCGCAAGCGUCUCUGCCAGGAGAUCAAGUGCGAUAUCGUUGUGCGGGAAUUCAACAACGCCAAUAAGAGAGCGGCCUAG